AUGGAUGCUGCAGUGCGUAGUGCGCAUCGAGAUCUUUACAGGGCACCCAACCAGAGAUGCAGCUCCACGCGCAGAAGCGCCGCAAGUCAUGCAACUGGACGCACGUUGAUGUCCAGCGGCAGCGCAGUGCUUUCGGUGAGGAAGCCUACUUUGCGGGACCUGGAAAUGCAGCAAGAGAACGCUGCCCUGGCAAAGCGCCUUAUGUCAGUGAAGUCCACCUUUGAUCCCCAGAAGGAUCUGGAGGAGUACCGCCGCCACCAGCGCAUGGUACAAGUUCGACAGGACAUUUGCAGUGUCACAAGCAGGCGCGCGCACCCACGCCAGUGGGACGAAUUUUCCGAUGGCACGAGAGAGUGA